GAUCGCUCUCGGAGGUUAUUUUCCGUUCCACUCAAUCCCUUCUUCCCCAAAUCUCGCCUGCAAGCUGCCUCCAGCCCACGGGGGUCGACAGCGGCCCUUGAGCCCCCAGCCCCAAUCCACAGGGCCUGGUUUUCUCAUUCAUUAUUGAUCAUAUUUUAUAAAUCCAACGCCACACAAUUUUUUCCACAUUACCGGGAGCCGUGAGGAGGCUGCCCGGCUAUUGGCAGAGGGGACGUCACGUGGGCGGGGUCACGUGGUCCAGAGAGGAAAAAGGGGGUCCUUUUUGGUGUAAAUCUGGACUCUAAUUCUGUAAUAUAUCAAGGAAUCUCGUAAAACCGACACUAAAACGUCCCUGCCUACAAAUCAUCCGGCCAAAUUAUGAGUUCAUUGUAUUAUGCGAAUGCUUUAUUUUCUAAAUAUCCAGCCGCAAGUUCGGUUUUCGCUACCGGAGCCUUCCCCGAACAAACUUCUUGUGCGUUUGCUUCUAACCCCCAGCGCCCGGGCUAUGGAGCGGGUUCGGGCGCUUCCUUCGCCGCCUCGAUGCAGGGCUUGUAUCCCGGCGGGGGGGGCAUGGCGGGCCAGAGUGCAGCCGGCGUCUACGCGGCCGGCUACGGGCUCGAGCCGAGUUCCUUCAACAUGCACUGCGCACCCUUUGAGCAGAACCUCUCCGGGGUGUGUCCCGGCGACUCUGCCAAGGCGGCGGGCGCCAAGGAGCAGAGGGACUCGGACUUGGCGGCCGAGAGUAACUUCCGGAUCUACCCUUGGAUGCGAAGCUCAGGGACCGACCGAAAGCGAGGUCGCCAGACCUAUACCCGCUAUCAGACCCUGGAGCUGGAGAAGGAGUUUCACUACAAUCGCUACCUGACGCGGCGGCGGCGCAUCGAGAUCGCGCACGCGCUCUGCCUCACCGAAAGACAGAUCAAGAUCUGGUUCCAGAACCGCCGCAUGAAGUGGAAAAAAGAGAACAAGACAGCAGGCCCCGGGGCCACCAGGCAGGACAAGGCCGAGGCGGAGGAGGACGAGGAAGAGUGAGGGACAGAGGAAGGGCAGAGGAAGAGAGACGAAAAAGGGAAAGAGAGAGAAACCCAGCUCUGGGAACUGAACCAGGAAACUCAAGUCAAAUAGGGAGGGGAAAAAAACCUAUUUAAAUGGAAAGCAGUUAAUUUUUUUUAAGGAGAGAAGGUGAAAUUUUGGUUUCUUAACACUGAAAAAAAAUACUACCUAUAGGAAAGUCCAUCAGGUUUGUUUUGUACAGUAUGGGAAGGACAUCAUCUACCUGUUCUGUAGCUUUCUGGAAUUUGCCUCCCCUUUUCUAUGUCGCUAAUUGUUAAGGUCUUUGGUAAAAUCUUGCUGUUUUGUAAGCCCCAUCUUUGACGCUGUCUGUGUGGUCUGUGGGUCUGGAAUAACAUGUGUGGUUCCCCAGCUUCCUGAGCAACACCCCCUUCCCAGUAGUGGCGCUGAAGCGGCCUUAGGGAGCCCCAAGGACCCACCAACUAGCUCAAGUGUCCCCUCUGUGCACCUGGCCUGCCCGCUGCUCCUUGCUCCCACCAGCCCCUGUGAUCCUCUUUGCAUUCUAUGUGUAUCUGAAGGAUGAAGAAAUAAAAGCAAUUAAAAAUAAA